AUGGUCCAAACGCACACAAAGAGGGAGGAGGCACGUGCCGAGAGGUUGCGGAAACUCCCACAGACAGAGAGACUGAGAAAGAGUGCCCUGAUAAAGAAGCGGGAGGGACGAGUUCUCAGUGCGGCAGAAAAACACGCCAUGAAGAUGACCUCCGAGUACGGGGAGAUCAUUCGUCUGUGGGAGGUGCUGCGUGUGUCGUCCGAUCCUGCGGCGAAGGACGCGGCGGCAAAAAGUGUGGGGCAGCGGCGGGCUGAGCGGUACGAGCACAAGUACCCAACGGUGGAUCUUCUGCUUAAACUCAUCGAGCCAAAUUUUGCGACGUACGUGAAAACACCACGUGUUAGUCGUGUCAUACAGUCAAUGAUUAAGUACGCAUCUUUGACCCAGUUGGAACGCAUUCUUGUGCUUAUUUCAAAUCCUUUUGUAACUCACGCUACCGACGCAUACGGACAUUUUGUUGUAACCGCAUUGAUUCGCCACGCACCGCAUAGCUUUCUGGACAAGUUACUUGCACUCAUUAUUCCUGCAGUGCCUUCUUUGGUGUCGCAUCGAUUCGGCAUUGAAGUUGUGAAUGCAGCCUACAGCAGCCGUCUCUGCACAUCCGCCAAUCGUCAUAUUCUUAUUCUAGCCGUUCUGAAAGACAAAAUUGCCGUAAUGAAGCGUUGGAAAGGAUAUCCCAUCUUAGAGGAGGUGCUGCAGCAAGAAGUGACACAACGGAAGCGUCUGCUUUCUAGACUUUUUGGGUUAUGCGACACGCUUGUUUCGCAGAAAUGUGCUAUCGGCUAUCCGUUUGUUCAGCGCCUGGUUGCAGCGUACCUCAAACAGGGGGUAAAGGAUGAUGUGAUGGAAUUAUGUGAUACUCUUCGGCCCCACUUGGCGGCAUUGUGUGCCACCCGCGAGGGAGCUCCGAUUGUGACGACGGUCUUCUUUCUGAUCGAACCUAAAAAAAGCAAAGAAGUGCUGCGCGCCCUCUCUGAGAACCUUGGCAGCCUUUUGGUUGACAAGUACGCCGCGCCAAUUGUCGCACGCCUUUUUGAUCUUGUCUAUGACGUGCAACUGUUACGCAAGUAUGUUGUUAAUGAAUUGGAGGCACACCUCGCAGAGGUUAUCAACAGCCCCUUUGGACACCAGAUUGUGUUGCACCUUCUCACGCCCCAUGAGGAACGGAAGCAGAAAUUUCUUCUUCCCAACUGGUUCCAACACAAUCUAUUUUCUAUGGAGAACAAUGGGUGGAAUCAUCACACAUGGCUUACACAUGAGUACGAGGAAGAGACGGUUGAAAUACGCUCCAAGGGUGCCAUCAGUACGCAUCUGGUGGUGUUGCCUUCAAUUGUGAGAAAAUUUAUUGAAAUUGCCAGCGAUCCCGAUAAAGGGCUACGGAUAAAUAAACACUACGUUGGCCUCAUUGCAAGAGAGGUGCUGGUUGUAAAUGAGACGGAGGAUGCCUACAGGGCGGCACUCCAGUUAUCAGAGGAGGAAAUAAAAGUACUUACACGCCUGGCGCCUUCAAGGGAUCCGAGUAAGCGGUUGCGUGAGGAGGAUAGCGGCUGUAUGACAGGUCCAACGUCAAAUGGAAGUAAUGUCAAGGCUCAUAAGGCUGAUACAUCUUCUGGUUUGUUAAAAAAGCUCGCGAUUUCUCAUGUGGCGCAGGAAUCUCACAGUGCCGCAUUACAUGCCGAUAAGAAGGCAAAGGUUGUGGCGAAGGGCAAAAAAUUGGGAAAAGGUGCGACGAAGACAACACGCAGAAAGUAA